ACGCUCAUGUUGUCAUCUUAAACGGAUUACAUCUCAGGAACGUUUUUCUCUCAGAGAAGAACCAGACGAUCAUGCCUCCUAGAUAGCUGACUUUGGCCCUUUGCUCUUCUGGCCCCUGUACACUCCUCCCCCCACUGUGUGGAGAGGAUGCCUCCCCGGAAGCGCACACGGCCCGCCCUGGGCUUCUUGUGUUGCUUCUCCAGCAGUGAACCCCCUGAAAUUAACCUGAAGGAUAGUGUUCCACUACAGCUGCUGGAGUUCAGCGCCCCCAUGCCCCCGGAGGAGGAACUACAUGCCCGCUUCUCUGAACUCGUGGAUGAGUUGGACCUUACAGACAAGAACAGGGAUGCUAUGUUUGCCCUGCCUGCAGAGAAGAAAUGGCAAAUAUACUGCAGCAAGAAGAAGGAACAAGAGGAUCCCAACAAGCUAGCCACCAGCUGGCCUGACUACUACAUCGAUCGCAUCAACUCUAUGGCUGCUAUGCAGACUCUCUUUGCCUUUGAUGAAGAGGAGAUGGAGAUGAGGAACAAAGUGGUGGAGGAUCUUAAAACAGCACUCCGGACUCAGCCAAUGAGGUUUGUGACCCGUUUCAUUGAACUGGAUGGUCUGACAUGCUUAUUGAACUUUCUGAGGAGCAUGGACUACGAGACCUCGGAGAGCCGCAUCCACACCUCUGUGAUCGGCUGCAUCAAGGCUCUGAUGAACAACUCACAGGGACGUGCCCAUGUCCUUUCCCACCCGCAGAGCAUCAACACCAUCUCCCAGAGCCUGCGCCAGGACAACAUCAAGACUAAGGUAGCGGUGCUGGAGAUCCUCGGCGCUGUCUGCCUGGUGCCUGAUGGACAUAAGAAAGUGCUGCAGGCCAUGGCGCAUUACCAGAAGUAUGCGGCUGAAAGGACCCGCUUCCAGACUCUUUUGAAUGAGUUGGAUAGAAGCACAGGACGCUACAGAGAUGAAGUGAACCUUAAAACGGCCAUUAUGUCUUUCAUCAACGCUGUUCUCAAUGCCGGUGCUGGAGAGGACAACCUGGAGUUCCGCCUGCACCUUAGGUAUGAGUUCCUCAUGCUGGGAAUCCAGCCUGUGAUUGAUAAACUGAGAGGUCAUGAGAAUGCCACUCUGGACAGACACUUGGACUUCUUUGAGAUGGUGAGGAAUGAGGAUGACUUAGAACUGGCCAAGCGCUUUGACAUGACACACGUGGACACUAAAAGUGCCAGCCAGAUGUUUGAGCUCAUCAAAAAGAAGCUAAGCCACACGGAUGCAUAUCCUCACCUACUGUCCAUCCUCCAACACUGCCUCCAAAUGCCCUACAAGCGUGGAGCGGGCAGUAUACAACAGUGGCAACUUUUAGACCGUAUCCUUCAACAGAUUGUUCUGCAGGAUGACAAUGGGGAGGACCCAGAUGUCUCACCCCUGGACAACUUCAAUGUCAAGAACAUUAUACGAAUGCUCGUCAAUGAGAAUGAAGUAAAGCAAUGGAGAGACCAGGCUGAGAAGUUUAGGAAAGAGCAUGCUGAGCUGAUGUCCAGGCUGGAGAAGAAAGAGAGAGAGUGUGAGACAAAGACACAAGAGAAGGAGGACAUGAUGAAGACUCUUAAUAAGAUGAAGGACAAACUGCAGAAAGAGGGGGUGGAACUUCGUUCAGCAAGGGAACAAGUUCUUGACCUUUCCUCCCGUAUAAACGACAUAUCAGGUAGCAAUGUAUGUUUCCCCCCUCCCCCACCUCCCCCUGGUGGUCCACUAGCUCCACCCCCUCCUCCCAUGUCCUGUGGCUUUCCGCCUCCGCCUCCUCCUAUACCUUUCUCCAGCCCACCUCCUCCUCCUCCUCCUCCACCUCCAGGAGGACCCCCUCCUCCUCCAGGGGCCCCUCCAAUAUUUUCAGGGGUCAUGCCACCACCAGGACCUCCAGCCAUCAGCACCACCACCAGCCUACGCACCAAGAGCAUCCCACAGCCCUCACACCCGCUUAAGUCCUUCAACUGGGCCAAACUAGGCGAGAACAAGAUCACUGGCACCAUUUGGCAUGACAUCGAUGACCUGAGGGCCUUCAAAAUUCUCGAUCUAAAGGAAAUCGAGAAAAUGUUCUCAGCGUAUCAGAGACAACAAGAGUUACUCACUAACCAAUCCUUCAAACAGAAAGAGACUGGGUCCAUGGACGACUUGUACCUGAGCAGCCGUAAAGUGAAGGAAUUGUCUGUCAUCGACGGACGGCGGGCCCAAAACUGUGUCAUCCUCCUCUCCAAGUUAAAAAUGAGCAAUGAAGAGAUAAAAAGAGCCAUUCUGGAGAUGGACGAGAGAGAGGAGCUGGCCAAAGACAUGCUAGAGCAGCUGCUGAAGUUUGUUCCUGAAAAGAGUGAUGUUGACCUGCUAGAAGAGCACAAGCAUGAACUGGAGCGCAUGGCUCGGGCAGACCGCUUCCUGUUCGAAAUGAGCAGAAUUGACCACUACCAACAGAGGCUUCAAGCCCUUUUCUUCAAAAAGAAGUUUGCAGAGCGCCUAGCAGAAACCAAGCCCAAAGUUGAAGCCAUUUUAUGUGCAUCUCGGGAGGUGAUGCGCAGUAAGCGCAUGACUCAGAUUUUAGAGGUGGUGCUGGCCUUUGGUAACUUCAUGAACAAAGGGCAGAGAGGUAAUGCUUACGGCUUUAAAGUGGCCAGUCUCAACAAGAUUGCUGACACCAAGUCCAGUAUAGACAGGAAUAUCACCAUGUUGCACUACCUUAUCAUGAUCUUUGAGAAGAGCUAUCCAGACACUCUCAGCAUCCAGCAGGAUUUACAACAUGUGCCUGAGGCAGCCAAAGUCAAUCUGGCUGAACUGGAAAAGGAGGUGUACAGUAUAAAGUCUGGACUGAAAGCUCUGGAGGCUGAGCUGCAGUACCAACAGAGUCGGGUACGGGACCGAGGGGACAAGUUUGUGCCAGUGGUCAGUGACUUCAUCACUGUGGCCAGUUUCAGCUUCUCUGAGCUGGAGGACCUUCUGAAUGAGGCUAAAGACAAGUUCUGCAAGUCCCUGAAACACUUUGGUGAGGAGCAGGGCCGCAUGCAGCCAGAUGAAUUCUUCGGCAUCUUUGACACUUUCUUGCAGUCUUUCAGCGAGGCCAGACAGGAUCUGGAGAACAUGCAGCGACGCAAAGACGAGGAGGAGAGGAGAGCACGCAUGGAGGCAAUGCUGAAGGAGCAACGUGAACGAGAGCGGCGAGCGAAAAAGAAUGCAGGAGGGAGUGUGGCAGAGGAGGUCGGUGAGUUUGAUGACCUAGUGUCUGCACUCCGUUCCGGAGAGGUCUUCGACAAGGACAUGUCCAAACUCAAACGCAACCGCAAACGCUCUGUUAACCAGCUGACCGAGGGAGGCGGUCGAGAGAGGCCCGUCACCAGAGUCAACUAUUGACCCCUGUGCGCUGGGGCGGGAUGUUUGAGUUUAGAGGUCAAAAUAACUAAAUGUGCCAAACACAGACUCACACACCUGAGAGAAACCCCUUCUGAACCAUCGUGAAAUAUCCUGUUUUUGUUGUUUUUACACACACAAACACAGAGAGAAGACCUAAACCUUUGGGACAGAUACUCUUCGGUCUGUUUCUCCAGCACUGUGCUCUAAAGAUUAUAAAGUGUAAGCCCU